UUGAUAUAAAUGACAAUGAAAAAACAAAGCUAGCAUGGUUUACAGAGUCCUACAUGAACAAGCCAGGGACUUGGGGUGAUAAUACCAUGAUCUUGGCAUUUACUCAAUUCUUCAAUGUUGAUGUUGAAAUUUACUCUCCGGGGUCAAAGCACACAAUGGAAGCUUCAGACAACAAAGAUAAAAGGACCGUUAUUAGGCUUGGAUACAUUCCACGUAUCCAUUUCAUGAGUCUUGUUAACUGCAAAGCAAUGCCAGAUAAUCAGCAAAAGAAAGCAACACUUGGAAACCAAAAGAUGGAAGGUGAUGAUUCUGAUGAGGAAAAAGAAGAAAAUGAAAGUGAUAAAAGUGAUCAACAAACUGAAACUAACUUUUGUGAUUUCAAUGAUUCUUUAAAUCCAGAGCCAGUAGAUAUAUAUCCAAUGCCAAAAGAAAUGUUAAAUAUCCAUCCAAAGGAAACACAAGUAAGAAAUUCCUAUUUUCCAAUUCAAGAGUUUCUUGCACAAGACAUUAUAAACAGAAUUUCUCUCAUACUCAGUCCUGAGUACAAAUUAGAAAGAAACAUAGACAGUGAAAAUACUUCACUGUGUCCCAGUAUAAUUCCAACUUCUUUAGAUGGGUUUGAAGGGUUUGAUUUCCGUAUAUACACUGCAAGAUCUGUAAUGCUACGAGAUCAAACUAUAGCAAGGUUAUGUCAAAGAGAAAUGGCUUGUUUUCCUGAAGAGUUGUACAAUAACCCAAUUGAGUUAUAUAAAGAGGGUGAAAAGAAGGUCAAGGCAUAUGAUUUGUGCUUUGAGAAGGACUUUAAUGAAUUCAAAAAACAAGCUGAGCAAAAUCCUAAAAUGCUCCACCUAGUUAUUGCUGAUGAAGCACACUGGGGAUCAGAUGCAUCUACUGAAGAAGUAAAUCGUGCAAAUGACAAAUUUGUCAAUUCUUGGGAAAAUGAUAAACAUGGUAAUGUUUUUGUUCUUCAAGUUACAGCUACACCUUUUAACUUAUUAAGCACAAACACACGACUCCCAAGCGAAAAGUACUGCACAAAUACAAUUGAUGACAACAAACUCAUUUUGGUCCAGGAAAAAUCAAAACGCUUAAUGCAUGGAAAAAAUGAUGUGACUCAAAAUGUUGGACCAAAGAAUGAUUUACACCAUGUAAGAUGGUCAGAAUCAUUGAAACACCGCUUAGAACAAGGUAUAGUAGUCACUCUACAAAUUCCCCAAAAAAGAAUUAGAGGUUCUUUUGAUCAAGUUUGGCUUGAAGUUAGGAAUAAAAAACUUUGUAAAAGCCAAAAUUUGAAACCAAGCGAACUUACCAUACAAGGUAAAAAUGGGAUUGUGACAGUGAGGCAUGAAGGGAAUAUGCUAGCUGCUAUAAGUCAUAAUAGUGGCACCCAUUUAGAAUUUAUAGAUGAAAAAGAUUCAAAUGGUAAAUGCACAGAGUUUAACAUCUUAUUGGAAUGUGGAGAAGAUGUGUUUCAAUUGUCUGCAAGAACAGAGACAAAACACAAAAACUUUCUGAAAUACAGCACAGAAGAAGAGUGUAUGAUACUUGACAGAAAACCAAUCGAAACUUACAGAGAACUGGGUGGUCUGAAGUUUGUCCAAGACAUCCAUUACAUGAUGGUGAUUGGAAUAUGCAAGGCUUCACAGCUAGGUACCUUGAAUACUAAAAGCAAAAGGUAUCGUUCCUUGACACUUUACUACAACAGUAUACGGAACAAGGAGAAAGAUAAACAACUAAUCAGGUACGAUGAGAACUUUUCUGAUCUUAGUAAGAAAUCUGAGAUACUAAAAAACAAUGAAAAUUCUGAUCUUAGUAAGAAAUCUGAGAUACUAAAAAACAAUGAAAAUUCUGAUCUUAGUAAGAAAUCUGAGAUACUAGAAAACAAUGAAAAUUUGGAUAGCCUUCUGGCUUCAGAAUAUGCUUUCUUCAUACUAAUCAAUGAAGGACUUCAAUCUUUAAUGUUACACAUUUCCUCAUAUGAAGGGGACUCAAUUCCAAAAACAAAAUUUGAAUCUUGGAUUAAGGAAUUCCAUAAACUCAGAGAUGAGAGAACAAAGGCUUUUGCAAAAAAACAGGCUAAACAUGAGAAUAACCUGAAGUCGAUCAAAGGUGCCUUGGAGGAUAGAUCAAAAAAAUCGACACACAAAGAUGAAUAUAUCAAGCUCAUGAGAAAUGUCAUAUAUGGACCUGAAUUUGAGAAAGUUCCAGAAAUGCUUGAGAGAGAUCAGUUGAAAGCUGCAUUUGAUGUGUGUCUAAAAGAAUCUGAAACAUUGAAAAUAGUAACAGAUUUGAUUCAGGACCAAAGUGCUCUAAAAAAAGGGUUGAAGGGUAAAAUGAAAAUUAUCAGAGCAACUAGUGUUGAAAAUGGAAAUGAAAUUUAUAAGAUUUUAUGCCUAGCAAGGCAGGAAGCUGGUGGGACUGACAAAAACUAUAUGUUUGAAAUUAUUCGAGAUUAUGGCAAAUUCAAAAUAUGUGACAUUAACAAUGAACAGAAAGAUGACACUUCAGCACUUUAUCGUAUACGGCAAGUUUUACAGACCAAUGACUGCCAACAUCUAGAUGAGAAUUCAAGAGAAAUGUGCCAGUGUAAGCAGUUGGAAUAUGAAUCUAAAUCACUUAGAUGCAAAAAUUGUAACCACAGACACAAAUCAGUGAGACAAUAUUGUGAUCUAGAAAACCUCCCAUGUAUUCUGAUUCUAGUUGAUAAAGGUCGAAUGGGUGACACAUUCCCUUCAAGUUUCAAUGUAAUGGAUUUGAGACUACACUUCCAAGACAAAGAUCCACCAUAUUUCAACACAAUAGUUCAGGGUCUUGGAAGAUUGUGUCGAUACACAGAAGAAAUGCCACUCAACAAACUACCAUAUGUGCUCAUUGGAAAAAAGCUAUAUGAAAACUUUGAAAAUUCUCUGGACACAAGUGCUGUUUACUAUGGAUACGUAGAGCAAAAGCCAAGUAAAGUGGAUGCCAGAUUAAAGGCUAACAACAAACCUGGUGGAAAAAGUGCUGAUGUAGGUAAUAUAAAAAAGCACUACAACAGAAUACUGCUGAGUGCAGAACCACAAAUAGGGAAGACUGGCACCUAUCUAAAAGUAAUUUCACUCAUCAGUAACGAAAUUAUAAGAAGAAAGGUGAAACCAGAAAUAGCUUUGGAGGAAUGUAGUGUAGGUAACGAGGAGCUCUCAGAUGACAGCACUGACAAUGAGAGUGAUGAUGAAACAAGUCAAGGAUUGAAACAAGACAAAGCAGAGUUCUGGCGUUAUCCACUUCAUAGUAUGUUUGAGCAUGGAAAAUUAAAAACAGAAUUAAACAGCCAAUCUAAAUAUUUCCCAAUAUAUGGUACGUACAAACAUGGAAAGGUGCCAACCACCAAAUUUCCAACAAAAUACAUGACAAAGAAAGCAAUCAAACAAAGCGAAAAGAAAGGAAAAGAAAGCAAUGGUGAAAACCAAUACAGACCAAUGACACGGGAUCACACAUGCCCAACAUGUAUGAUUGUAGGAAUGAACUCUCAUGAAAUUGAAAUAACAAUCCAGGGUCAAAAUACUUCAAUAUCAUUUCCAAACAGCAAACACUACAUACACCAAAUGAGUGUCAAGAACAUACUCAAAGAAAAGUCCCAAGAAACCUCAAGGGAUUCUCACACUGGAAAUGAGCUAGGGUCUUGGAUAUUUACCCCAACCUCUGGGAGAGCUAGAACAGGAUCUGUUAACCUAUGUAAGACCAUGCGGCUCACAAAUGGAACUCCUUGUGAGUUCAUUCAUGUGUUAGUGGUGAAACCAGAAGAGUAUGAAGAAUACUGUCUGAAUUGGAGAACCACCCAUGCUAUCUUGAAGCUACCAAAAAAUAUGGAAGAUGCUGAUGUACAUGAAGGAGGAGUUGGAUACAGCAGGAGGUUUAUACAGCUUUUUGCGGAGGAGUUCCAUCUUGACACAAUAUUCAUGAUAGAUGAUAAUUUUGCUGCAUUCAAGGAAGUUAGAGAACAAGUUACAGAACAAUCAGAAUUUGUGGAAAGGAAUAUAAAUGGAUCAUUGGAAACAAAAAAUGUUCCUCUUUAUAGAGUACUGACACAUCUAGAAAAUAUUGGAUCUGAAAAUCAGUUUGCUGUUAAGAACACAUAUAUCACUAUAUCAAGUUAUACAGGACCACUGUCAAAAUAUGGUAUAGUUGGAAUGCUCAAGAUGAGAAAAGGCAGCCUCAGAGUGACGAAACCAUUCAAACAAGCACAUGUAUAUUCUCUUGUCCUUGUAAAUAUAAAAGCACUCAAAGCAAAUGGUGUUAAGUACAAACCCUGGCCUGUGUUUGAAGACUUGACUAUGAACAAUGAUGCUGAUAUAGCAGGGUUAAAUGUGGUGAAGUUUAGCAGAUUCUUUCUAGUGAAACGUAACCUGAAGUCUUGGCUCAGUGAAAUGUGUACCUACAGACUAGAAGACUUCAAACCAGAUAACAAUCUCCAAAUGGCACAAGGAUGGGAGGACAGAUUUUUUAGAUGGCUUAGAUGCAACACACGACCAAACAACAUUAUACAAAUGAAAACAAAGGGGGAACA